AUGACAAAACCAGUUUAUUCAAAGACCCCAUCCAACCCAGAAAAAUCCUGCAAAUCUCGUGGUUCUAACUUAAGAAUUCACUUCAAGAACACCAGAGAAUCAGCUAUGGCCAUCAAAGGUAUGCUCUUAACCAGAGCUAAAGCUUACUUAAACAACGUUUUAGCCCAUAGAGAAUGUAUCCCAUUCAGAAGAUUCAAAGGUGGUGUAGGUCGUACUGGUCAAGCCAAAAUUUUCGGUACCAGUCAAGGUAGAUGGCCAAAGAAAUCUGUUGAACACAUUUUAUCACUCCUCCAAAAUGCUGAAGCCAACGCUGAAGCUAAGGGUUUAAAUGUUGAAAAACUCAAGAUCGCUCACGUUCAAGUUCAACGUGCUCAACAACAACGUAGAAGAACCUACAGAGCACAUGGUCGUAUCAAUCCAUACAUGUGUUCACCAUCAACUGUUGAAUUCAUCCUCACUGAAGUUGAAAAAGCUGUCCCAAAACCAGCUGAAGAAUCCGCCCAAAAGAAGAAAUCUGUCGCCACCCAAGAAAUCUCUGCUUAA